UCUCUCCGCGGAAGAGAGAAAUGGCGAAGGCUCGGAAGCCGAAGAGCGAUGAAGCUCCGGCGGCGAAGCCGGCGGAGAAUACCGGAGCAAAAGUCCGCCACCAGAAACUCUGUCUCUCUAUCGAUUUCGAUAAACGCCAAAUCUACGGUUACACAGAAUUAGAAGUCACUGUGCCAGAUAUUGGUAUCGUGGGACUACACGCCGAGAAUUUGGGAAUUGAGAGUGUUUUGGUGGAUGGGGAACCCACUGUGUUUGAGUACUACCCACAUCAUCAGAAUCCUGAAAAUGAGAGUAGAUGGAGCUCGGUUUCAGACCCUGCUUCUGCUGCUGAUGCUGCAACUGUUGAGUACGUUGGAGUUCUUAGGAGAGAGGAUACGGAAAAUUUACUGAUCAACUGUUGCAAGCCUUCCAAGGCUUUGACCGAACAGCUAGAAUGUCCGCAAUCAUCUGGCGAAGCAAAACAGAAUGUCAAGUUGAUUCGUAUCAAUUACUGGGUAGAGAAAACAGAGUCAGGAGUUCAAUUUAACGAGAAUAUUGUUCAUACUGAUAACCAAUUAAGACGCGCCCGCUGCUGGUUUCCUUGCAUAGACGAUGAGUACCAUCGCUGCAGUUUUGAUUUGGAGUUCACAGUUCCACACAAUUUUGUGGCUGUGAGUGUUGGAAAAUUACUUUACCAGGUAAUGUGCAAGGAUGAUCCUACUCGGAAGACUUAUGUAUACAAAUUAAAUUUUCCUAUUUCUCCACGGUGGAUGUCUUUAGUUGCUGGACCAUUUGAAGUCCUUCCAGAUCAUGGAAAUCAUUUCAUAUCUAAUGUGUGUCUUCCAUCUGAUCUUUCGAGGCUUCGUAAUACUGUGGAAUUUUUCCAUGAAGCUUAUAGCUACUACGAGGACUAUCUUAGUGCAGAAUUUCCAUUUGGAUUCUAUAAGCAGGUCUUUUUACCUCCUGAAAUGGUAGUUUCUUCUUCAAAUUGGGGAGCGUCCUUGAGUGUCUUCAGUUCUCAAUUGAUAUAUGAUGAGAGGGUUAUUGAUCAGAUUAUAGAAACACGCAUUAAGCUUGCUUCUGCCCUAGCGAGACAGUGGUUUGGAGUUUAUAUUACUCCUGAGUCACCAAAUGAUGAGUGGCUGUUGGAUGGUCUUGCUGGUUUCUUGACGGAUAUGUUUACCAAGAAAUUUUUGGGAAAUAACGAGGCCCGGUAUCGGAGAUUCAAGGCAAAUUGUAUUGUUUGUAAAGCUGAUGAUAGUGGUGCAAUGUGCUUGAGUUCAUCUGCUUCUUGCAAGGACCUAUUUGGAACACAUUCUAUUGGUAUGCAUGGGAAAAUACGGUCAUGGAAAUCUGUGGCUGUGCUUCAAAUGUUGGAAAAGCAAAUGGGUCCUGAAUCUUUCCGUAAAAUUUUGCAGAAAAUAGUUUCUCGAGCCAAAGAUCCAACUAAUGCUAUAAGAUCCCUUAGCACAAAGGAGUUCCGGCAUUCUGCUAAUAAAAUUGGGAAUCUCGAGCGCCCAUUUCUCAAAGAAUUUUUCCAGCGAUGGGUGGCUUCUUGUGGAUGUCCUGUGCUUAGGAUCGGAUUUUCCUACAACAAAAGGAAAAAUAUUGUAGAGAUGGCAGCAUUGCGUGAAUGCACAGCUUCACUGGAUGCAAGAUUGUCAGUUAUUAAUGCUAAUCCUGAUUUAGAAAAUCGAGACAUGGAUGUUGGCUGGCCAGGGAUAAUGAGUAUUAGGUUUUAUGAACUCGAUGUAAUGUCAGAUCAUCCCAAGUUGCCUAUGGCUGGAGAUAAAUGGCAGCUACUGGAACUACCUUGCCACUCGAAACUUGCUGCUAAGCGCUAUCAAAAGCCAAAGAAGGGUUUAAAACCGGAUAUUCUGGAUGAUAACGUUGAUGCUUUAGACAAUAGAACAAGCAUCGAGUCUCCCUUGUCUUGGAUUAGAGCUGACCCUGAAAUUGAAUAUAUUGCCGAGGUUCACCUUCAUCAACCCCUACAAAUGUGGAUCAAUCAAUUAGAGAAGGAUGGAGAUGUUGUUGCUCAGGCACAAGCCAUUGCUGCGCUUGAAGCUUUACAACAUCACCAGUCGUUUUCCAUUAUGAAUGCUCUAAAUAAUAUUCUCAUUGAGUCCAAGGUCUUCUGGAGAAUUCGUGUUGAAGCAGCUUUUGCAUUGGCUAAAACAGCGUCGGAGGAGACUGACUUGGCAGGUUUGCAGCAUCUAAUCAAAUUUUAUAAAAGCAGAAGAUUUGAUGCAGAGAUUGGACUCCCCAAGCCAAAUGAUUUCCGUGAUUUUCCCGAAUAUUUUGUCCUUAAGGCCAUUCCACAUGCCAUUGCAAUAGUCAGGGGUGGUGAUGGGAAAAGCCCACGAGAAGCUGUCGAAUUCAUCUUGCAGCUUGUGAAGUAUAAUGACAACAGUGGAAAUCCUUAUUCUGAUGCAUUCUGGCUUGCUGAACUUGUUCAGUCGGUUGGCAAUCUCGAAUUUGGCCAACAGACACUGACAUUUUUGGCUCCUCUUCUGAAGCGCAUCGAUAGAAUUUUGCAGUUUGACCGGCUGAUGCCUAGUUACAAUGGAAUCUUAACAAUUAGCUGCAUCCGGACAUUGGCACAGAUUGCACUGAAUCUGUCUGACUUCAUCAAUCUUGAAGAUGUCUGUAAACUUAUUGAACCAUUCCAGAAUUUCGGUAUUCUAUUGCAAGUUCGUAUGGAAGCAAGCAGGGCACUUUUAAACAUUGAGUACCACUCCAGAGGCAUAAGUUCUGCACUAACUUUGUUUAAAAAAUAUGUGGUGGAAGAGCCAUCUUUGAGAGGGCAGGUGAAGUUGUGCAUACACGCUAUGCGGUUAUGUCAAAUAGCAGUUGGACCUGAUUCAGAUGAAAAUGUUGACUCUGUUAGUCUGCUGGGUUUGCUGCAGUUGCUUGAAAGUCGGGUAGCAUUCAACAAUGAAUUUUUUCGUCACCACUUGUUCUGCAUCUUCCAAAUCCUCGCUGGAAGACCCCCGACAUUGUUUGGAGUGCCCAAGGAAAAAUCUUUACAGCUUGUUGUUAUGGAAACCUGCAUCGAGCCAAAAAGUAUCUUUGCUGUUCCUGCUCCUGAGAUUGGUGACACAGCACCUUUGGCAAUUGCAGAUACCGAAGGGAAAUCGUUGGAUCUUGCUGCUUUUGGUUUUGCGAUGAGACCACCAGAUCUAACGGUGGCUGUUGUUCCUGAAAUUAAGCUGCCAGAAUCAGUUGUAGUUUCAUGUUCUGACAUUCAGCAACUGGGACCUCCUAUGGAAAAUCGCGACCAGCCUUUGCGUGACAGGCCCAUUACUCUUGAAGUACCAUCCACAGUGGAAGCACCGACAGAAGAAAUUGCCCAAAGGGAACCAGUUGCCUCAAAGGAACCCGAUCUGGCCUCUGUAUCUGUUAGUCAUGAAAUCAAGAAGCCUGUUAUUAGGAUUAGGGUUAGACCAUCUGGUGCAACUAGUAGAGCCGAGGUUGAAGGAAGAUCUGUGGACAGAUCUCAGGGGGUAAUGCGCCAUGAUAUGGAUCGGGGAGCAACUAGUUCGGCUUCUGUAGACGCUCCACAGAGAAUUUCCGCUGACGCUGUGAGCGCCAGCAAUCAGAAUAAUCUGGAAGAAGUGAACUCCUCACAUGAUCUCGGGUCUCGCAUGACUGCUAGCAUCGGUAGUGUAAAGCUUGCUGGUGAAGGAGAUAAUUUUGGGAAAGAAUUGCAGUGCACUGCUGAGUCAGGGAAAUACUCUGCAAGCCUUAAGCCGGGUAACCAGUUACUGUCAUUGGAGCAUAAUAUGGACCCUGAAGCACAGAAAUACGCAAGCCUUCAAACAUUGUCGUCUGGUAAAGAAAAGGAGAAGAAGAAAGACAAGGAAAAGAAAGAGAGAGAGAAGAAGAGGAAGCGGAAAGACCCUGAGUAUAUAGAGAAGAAGCGACUAAAGAAAGAGAAGAAGCAGAAGGAGAAGGAGUUGGCUAAGCUUAUGUCAAGCUCUUCAACUCUACCGACAAAGAGGACGGACCAUAUUGGUAGCAAUAGAGAGACAGCUGAGACUAAAGCAGAGGAACAGAGUGGGGUCAUAGUAGCAAAGAAGGUGGAGACAAAGCCCGAGCCAUCAUCAUCAGAAGCUCGUCCGCCUUCCAGAUUCCGAAUCAAACUAAAAAGCAAAGCAUUGAACAACACAUAAGGUAUAUUACUUAUUAGCCCCAGUCUCUGCUUUCCUUUUUUCCGUAUCUUCUCGUGUUUUUUUGCUUUCCACAUAUGAGAACUGAAACCCGAAUCUGCGAAUCUAUUAGAGUAGGAUUUACGCUCGAGUUCUUGAUACUGGUCUCAUUCUCGAUGUGUUUGGAUGAAUACCUCGUGGCUUUGUCACUCUCUCUUGCCUCUCAAUGUUGCUGGAAGCAGAUCCAUCAUUUAAGCUUCCAAAUCUCUCUCCCAAAAAUUGAUUUGCGAUGGUUUUUGUGAUAUUGGGAACGCAAUUCUUGGAUCCUUCAGACAUAUAUAUAUAUGUAUGUAUAUCCACAUGUAUAUAUGUUUGUGUAUGUGUGCGUGGAGUUCUUGAUGUGUAACUUAUUCUUUUUUCUUCAAAAAAAAAAAAAGAGAGGAGGAAUCUUGGAUUUGAGGAUGUUGAGUGUCCAUUGGUAGUUUGUCAGAAGUUCCUGGAACGAUUCUUGUUGUUAUCCUUUCACUAUGCACGCAUGUUGGUUCAUUAAUUUAUUAUUGCAAGAACCUCUUUUUAUUA